GUCAAUGGACGGCCGACGCCUACUCGAGGUGCUGGCGAUGGUGGCCCUGGUCUCGCCGAUCACCGUCCGAGCCCAGUGCGUCAGCCCGUACGUCGUCCAGGAAGGCGACUUCCUUUCCAAAAUCGCGGAGAUGAUGGGAAUUUCUGUGGAGGAGAUCCUGGCCGCCAAUCCCCAGAUCACUGACCCGGACCUAAUAUUCUCGGGCAUGUCUCUCACGAUUCCAUGCCCGACGCCAAGCGCGCCAAACCCGGGGGGCGGCUGCUCUGGUGGCUCCAAGGGCGAUGCGACGUUCUACUAUGUGGGCGUCGAAGGCGACAUAAACAGCGACGUGAAGGGUGGCUUCACUGCGUGUGGCGAGAAAUUCUCAAACAAGGAAUUCGUGGCUGCCCUCAGCUUCGACGACUUCGACAGCUCCACCAGCAACCCCAACAUGUCGCCGACGUGUAGGAUGUGCGCGGAAGUGUGCGGGCCAGCGGGCACGGCCGUAGUGAAACUCAAGGACAAGUGCGAGGCGUGCAAGUCCGGGGACAUCGACCUGUCUCCCGCGGCGUUCUUGGAUGUCGUGGGGCCCCUGGCCAUCGGCAGGCAGCCGGGAGUCGAAUGGCGCAUUGUCAAUUGCCCGUGA